UUCAGCUGCAGCCAGAGGCCAGAGGUUGCAGAAUAGGAAAAACCUGAAACUGAAAGAGAAGAGUUAAGGUUAUGGGUGGGUUAUGGUUUUCGCCAGUUUUCACCAACUCUGUUUUCACUAGUUUUCACUUUUCACCUGAUCUUCACUGUGAACCACUCUGACUGCUCUGGUGACUGUGAAGUUGUAGAGUAUUUUUAAAACGUAUUUGUUAAGUACAUAUUUUUGGAUAAAUUUAGAUAAACCAUUAACAGGGUUAAUUUACAAAGGCAAUCCAGAGAUCUCCAAAGUCUGUCUUUGUAAAUUUUAUACAAAUCGCAGCACUUAGCAGGUGUUUGCUAUAUAUCAAUGUUAAAUCCUAAAUUAGGUGGGGGGCCCCAUGGCGUAGGUGACCCUGAAGAUAAGACACUUCGUAAAGUUGAAAUGGAAGUUAUGAUUCCAAAGAAGAUGCGAGAUAUUGCCCGUGUGGAGAAAUGUAGCCAAGAAGUUGAACAAUUCACCGAAUGUUGUAAAAAUAGUAAUGUCCUAAUGGUAAUUAAAUGUAGGGAACAAAACAAUAACCUAAAAAAGUGCUUAACUGAAUGGUAUAAUAAUGAAGAAUUUAAGGAAUAUUGCAAGAACUUAUAUUUAGAAGAAAGGACAGAAUUCAGAAGAACUGGAAUUCCAUUAAAAAAAAGGUUGGAACAGUCAUCAAGAGUUGGUUCUAGUAUGUGAUAUUAAUCACAGUAAUUAUAAACUCAUGUACUUUUUAGUUAGCAGUAGUAUAUUCCAAUAAAUAUAUAAUUAGUUA